AUGCCCAAGUAAAAAAAGUAAAUUGGUUGCACUAGCAGAACACAGAAGCAGUGAGGAGGAAGGUGGUGGAGGGUGCGGGCUGCCCUUGGUGUCAUCACUGAGGGGGGUGACAAAAUGAGUUUAAAAUAAAAAUUGGGCUCACAAAACUUUUUAGGAGUGAUGUGGUAGCUUAGGUGCCUGCAGGUUCCACACUGCCUAAAACGGCAGCAUGGGACUUGCGUCUGCCUACUGCCUCUCUCUCAGCCGCCCAAUAGCUGAGGGGGAGACAGAGGAGAGGCUCCAAGCAUUGGAGAGGCUUGCCCUGCCCCCAGCUGCAGGACACACACACCCCGCACCAGGCACCCGAGCGGAUAGCUACGCCGCUGCCCAGAACAAUGAGUCCCACUAGAACAAUGGCUCUUCCCCCUCCCCACCCCAACGCCUACCCAAAUCUGGAUGUGUGUAAAGGGGAAGGGAGUUGGAAGAAAUCCCAGAACUCCGCACCGUGGGGAUUAAAUGAGCGGGAGAACUGGGAGAACCAUGUACUCUUACUUUGAGCUCCUUGGGGGUGGAAAAGGUGGCCCAUAAAUGUAAUUAAAUAUAAAUAAACAAAUUGUUGCAAGGUGAUAGUUUAUGAAUAGGGAAGCUCUUCUUAAUGUGCAAUAAGCCUAUCUAAUGAUUACAUAAUUUUGAAAUAAAGAAGUAAAGGCCAGAAUACGGUGAGUGAGUUGUGUUGCUGCCACCCCAAUCUUGGAGCAGUGUGAGAUUCCAGAGGUUCUGGGUGUUUACUCAGGGUUCACGUUUCCUUUGGACAGCAGAGACUAAGGUGUCUUUAUUUACACAUAUAUAUACCACCUGAGCCUACAGUGGAGGGGUUCACAGCAUUAGCACCCCCUGACUCUCUGCCCCCCAGCUCUCUGCCUUUCUAGCCUGCAGCUUUUGCAUCCACCUUCUAGCUCAUAUUAUUCAACUCUCGACUCUGGCCUUUUUCUUUCUAACAAACAGUUGAAGGAGGAAGGUCCAGCCCUUUGUCUUCUGGCACAGAGCCACUCCUUUUGUCCCAUUAUCGGCCCAUGCUUUGUGGGCCAUUGCCAGGCUGGCCUAGAAAUGAAAGUGGGAUGGGAUUCCAUUUAAUAACACCACUCCUACAUUUAUUCAAUUAAUAUUUGUUUCUUAGCCCAUUUUAGAAACUUAGGGAUCCUGCUAGGGAUCCUGCUGAAUGCCAGUGUGCUACCACAGAUUAUCAAUCUAGCCUGCUCCUCUAUUACUCUAAUGAUAUGGAAAGUGCUGGACAAGGAUUGAAAGUUUUUGAUUUUUUUUCCGACGGCAAAAAGGGGAAGUUGUGGGGGUGGUGACAUUUGGCUUGUCUUAAAGUCAUGUAGCUCAUCUUUCUAUGCAAUCACAGGUUAAGAACGAACUACUUAGAGGAGCUUUCUGUUGCGUGGGACAUAGCCAAAUUAAGAUUAGUAUUUAUACCAAUCACUGAAGGAAGAGGCAUAUAUCUGGAAGGCAAAUCAUCAUUCUCUGGUUCCUGCUUACUGUAAGUUGACGGUGAAGGACCCUCUUCCUUCCUUUUUCUUAAUUUGCUAAGUUACAGUGCAGACUGAUUAGACAGAUUGUUUCUUAUGAGACUGGCAUAAACGGGGAGUUAAGGUUCAUUUAGUUUUAGUUUUCUUGGCGCCUUCGCCCCACAUCUUUUUGCCUUAAGAGAAGGCUGGUAUGGUGAGAAAUGACAGGAAAACCGGAGGGGGUUGGGCAAACGGUCAGAUGGGGUACUGAAAGAGGAAUUUUGCAUGGCUGCAUACAAACAAUGCAAUUGAAGCACAUUUAAAGCACCUUUUCUUCAAAGAAUCCUGGGAGCUAUAGUUUGUUAAGGGUGCUUGGGAUUUUUGCUGUGUAAGGAGUAAACUACAUUUCCCAGGAUUUGGGGGGGGAGUGCUUUAAAUGUAUGGUAUGCAUGCCUGUGUUUCAUUUCAUUUUUCAUUUGAUAGCAGUAUUAAGGACAUUUUAAAGUCUCAGGGAGCUUUGAACUUGGCUAUAGAUCUGCUGGUCAGGCCACUUACCGUGAGGUAGGAACUCUUUAGAAACUCCAGCAGUGGCAAUUCUACAGCAUCUUCUGUUACCUUGUUUAAUUUGUGAAUUUAGAAAUCUGAAGUAUCUCACAGCAGUGCUAUUUUUCUAGAAAAAGAGGUGCCAGAACACCUCCCUCUUUCUCUUAGAAUGGCAAUAGUGCCCACUUGAGAAAGGGCCGGGACUGAGUUCUGAUGAGUUCCAGCUAAAAAAAAACCCCUGCCCAACAGUAUAUUAAUCAGAUCUACACCAAUAUGUUAUUCUCACUGGACGCAGUAAACAAUAGUUCUUCCUUUUCUUUCUGAGACGGUAGUAAACAUCUUUGGGAACUCCUGUCAUUUCAGCUUUUCCUCAUAUGACUUUCAUUUUAGAUCAUUCAUCAUCCCUGCAUCCAUGGGCAUAGCCCGGGGGGGGUACAUUUGCCCCCCCCCAUCACGUAAAUAAAAAUACUUAGGUAACUGACCAAUUACAUCGCAAAUAACUCAGUUUUGUUCUCCCCCAACAUAAAACCUCCCCCCCACCCCAAUAAAUUCUGGCUACGUUCAUGCCUGCAUCAAAUUCUAGUCAUUCUGUCCCUGAAAGCCUGUUGAUAAUCUCGCCUAGAAAUCAGCAUCUGAAAACAGUUUUCCGCCUAUAGUUGUUUACCUGUUUAUGUACGACUGCUUCUAGAAUCUGGGGUCCAAAGCUUAGUCGUGGUACAGCAUAACUUGUGUCACAGCAUCAUUAAAAAAAAAUGCAUCACCAAGGUAUAUGCUCUGACUUUAGGCUUCUGUUGUGUCAACCUAAUAUGCACUUGCCAGCGCAUAAAGUGUGAACCAGUGUUCUUCAUUUGUUUUAUCUUCGCAAGCAAUUGAUUAAGAUGGUAAAAAUCCAAUGCACAUUACACAGGACUGGCUCUGGAACUGCUUUCAAUUAAUUAUAUGUUGAUUGAUUAUUUAAUUAUUGCUCCAAGCACAAUUGUGUGUUCACUACUGUUUGAUAACGAAUUCUUAUGCAUUUGCUGAUUCCCUGAGUAUCAUAUGCCACCGUGGAAGCCAUGUGCUAAAUUGACUGAUAGAUCUAAAUAGAUUGAUAGAUUAAUGGUGGGUUGCAGAGUGGGUAGGGGAACAGAACUGUCAAGACAAAGCAAUACUACCUAUAAAUUAAACUAAAUCACCUGAACUGCACAAACAUCCUGCAUUUCUCCCUGUAACUUCUUGCCAUUUCACUGCUUCGGUCAAGGUGGUCUUGGAAAAUACGAUGUACACACAGAAGAGAGAACUGAUAUUCUCCACACCCGUUCUAACGUGGUUCCUCUGGCUUGGCCUCUUUGUGCUUCCUUUUGGUUGUUCAGGUAAGCCCAACAAUUCACUGUGUUUGUCCUUAUUGACAUUCCUUGCUUGUUCCCAAGAGGAACUGGUGUGUGUGUGUGUGUUUAAAAAGUGGUGGAUGCUUCAUUCUUUGCACUGAACUCAAUGAGACUUACUUCUAAAUAAGCGUACACAGGACUGUGGUUCACAAUUAGGGAGUUCCUGUGUGAAUUUCAGCUUUGCCAUGAAAUUAGCAGCAUUAGGCAAGCCUCCCUCAGCCUUCCAUUUGCUAUAUGGUGAUGGAAUGUUCUGGACAGCAUCUGCCCAGGUGUUCUUCAGUAACUCAAAAUUCUCAGUAGUUUAUCUUGUAAUGGGAUGCAGGUGGUGCUGUGGUCUAAACCACUGAGCCUAGGGCUUGCCGAUCAGAAGGUCAGCAGUUUGAAUCCCCGCGACGGGGUGAGCUCCCAUUGUUCGGUCCCAGCUCCCGUCCACCUAGCAGUUUGAAAGCAUGUCAAAGUGCAAGUAGAUAAAUAGGUACCGCUCCAGCGGGAAGGUAAACAGCGUUUCCGUGCGCUGCUCUGGUUUCGGUGUUCCAUUGUGCCAGAAGCGGCAUAGUCAUGCUGGCCACAUGACCCGGAAAAACUGUCUGCAGACAAAUGCCAGCUCCCUCAGCCUAUAGAGCGAGAUGAGUGCACAACCCCAGAGUCAUCCAUGACUGGACGUAAUGGUCAGGGGUACCUUUACCUUGUAACAAAAACAGUCAACGUGUCACUAGAAUCAUCCUCCAAACUGAGGAAUUGAAAAGAAGCUAAUGUAAAUGCUGCUCUUUAAAAUAGAAUCCAGGACAUUACUGGCCAGCAGAGAUGGAGGAGAAAUUCAGUUCUCAUUUUAAGCCAAACCUAUCAAAUUAGCACUUUUCAAAACGAUAAGAGAACCAAAGCAUGAAUCUUUCAAAAUUCGCACGUUCGUGAUUUUUCGCAAUACAUUUCUCCAACCACCAAUGUUUACACAAAUGCAUAUAUGUUAGGAGAAAGUGUGCAUUGAAUAUAUUCAUGAAAAGAGCAUUGCAAAAAUGCACUGUUUUAGGAGAAAUUGCUGGCAAAAGUGUGUGUAUACACAAGUCAAAACUGCAUACAAAUAUGUAUUUAUGAGGAGAAAGUUACACCAUAAUAGUGAAGAAUUUUCAUGCGGGUUUUUUUUUUCUUUAAAAAAAUCACAAAUUGCUGCAGAAAUGUGGAAAACUGAAUUUAAGACUGGAAAAUUGAGAAACUGAGAGAACUAAAAUUGGCAGAUCCUUCCAUCCCCACUGGCUAGUUAGUUUAUUUGCUUUGUAGAAACUGGUGGGAAUGCCAUAAUAUAAGAUUGCCAAGCAUUAGAACAUCGAGUUUUGAUGGGAAUGGAUCAGUAUGGUUUCUCCUAAGGGAAGUCCUGCCUCACCAACGUUUUGGAAAUUUUUGAAGAUGUAAACAAACUUGUGGGUGGGGAACAGUCCAGUCGAGUAGGGUAAUCCACAGAGAAGCAUGUGGCACCUUCACUAUACAGCUUUCUUAGAAUGCUGAGGACACAGCUCUUCACCCUGGUCUUUGACACCUUAUAUAUGUGUAUUUUAGGGCACAUCCUACUCCCACGACUGUUAUUUGUUUUAACUAUUUUAAAUAUUUAAUAUUCAACAUUGUAACCAACCCUGGGACCUGCUGGGCAUAAAAUAAUAAUAAUAACCAUUAUUAUUAUUAUUACUAGGUGAAAAUAAUAAUAAUGGAUAUUAUCUACAGAGAUUUUCAAUACACUUUUAAUAAAUCCUUUAGCAAAGGCUCUUAUUUAGACUUAGCAGCCGAGGAAUAGGAAGGUUGGUAUUCUUAUGUACAGUGGUACCUUGGGUUACAUACGCUUCAAGUUACAUAUGCUUCAGGUUACAGACUCCUCUAACCUAGAAAUAGUACCUUGGGUUAAGAACUUUGCUUCAGGUUGAGAGCAGAAAUUGCACGGCGGCAGCACAACAGCAGCGGGAGGCCCCAUUAGCUAAAGUGGUACUUCAGGUUAAGAACAGUUUCAGGUUACGAAUGGACCUCCAGAAUGAAUUAAGUACAUAACCAGAGGUACCACUGUAUUAAGUAAAGGUAAAAGUACCCCUGACAGUUAAGUCCAGUCGCGGACAACUCGGGGGUUGUUUUCUAGAGUCAAAGUUGAUCCUUGAAAUGGCCGAGUUUCCAGAUCACACCAAUUUACUCAAGGUGAUGAAAAUGCAAGUGGACUGGAGAGAGGUCAAAAAAAGUUAUCUCCAAACUUGGUGACUAGACAACAAAAUGCUUCAGUGUAGGCCCUUGUAGAGUAACAUAUAUUGGGGCACAUAUGCCUAACUUCACUUAUAGAUUGGUGGGGUAACUUAUCAGGAAAUAGAACUUCAGCUCACUGAACACAUCAGUUCAGUUUGUAGUAGCUGCAUGAGGUAAAAACUGGAUGUAGUAGUACAAAUUCCGGAAAUCUGUUUUCAAAUGGACACACUAAGGAAUAAUUCACCUGCAUAGAUAUUUAUUUCAACGAUACAACCAGUUUCUCAAGAAGUACUUUUUCAGGGGCAAAAAAGAUGCAAUGGAUCUGAUUAUAGAAUUAAAGUUCGUGUGUUUGCAGUCAGGGGGAAAGUACCUCAUCACUUCAUGACUAAGGAGAGACUGAAUGUGAGUGAGAUUCAUAGACUACGUGGGUGGCAGGUGAAUUCCCCAUGGGUGUAAUGUUGGCAACCUCAGGUUUAGAUGGACAUUUGGUCUAAUCCAGCAGGGCUCUUUUAAUGUUUUCAUGAAUAAUAAUACCAACCUACCUUGCCAAGUGGUUGUGGGAUUGUAAGUUUAUUUAUAUGAAGCACUGAGUGCUUUAAAGUGGUAUAUAAUUGUUUAUUUAUUUGUGUUAUAUUGUAAUGGGAAAUGUAGGAAAGGGACUUCCCGAGGAUACAUGUUGUUCAGCAGUGGGAGAGUCUACUCAGAAGGUAGUGGACUGCCCUUUGCUAGAGGUUUUAAGCAGAGGCUGGAUGGCCAUGUAUCAGAGAGAUGCAAUAGUAGUGGAUUUCCUACAUCAACAGAGGGUUGGACAAGAUCUUUGAGGUUGCUUUCAACUCUGAGUCUAUGAAUGUGCUAAGGUUCUUAUCAUCCCUUCAGACACUGUUAUUAAGCUGGAGAGGAUAUAAGCCUUUGUGGGUUUUCCUGUUUUGGUGGAAGAUGUCAGGCUACUCUUGCUCAGAUCAAAGGUACCAGGUGUUGAUCUCCCGGGUUGAUCUCUUGCUAUCACACACAUAUAAGAUUCUUUUGCAACUUUAUGUUGGUUUUAUGACUCAGUCUGUUGGACUUUGCCUUUCUCUCAGGUGACUGGUGUCAAGCGGCACAUUUCUCAAAUUAGUGAGUUGCUAGGAUGGGCAAAUCAAAAGGAGAGGCAAUGCAAAGAGAUUGUUUGAUGAAGUAUUUAGUCCAACAUGAGCACAAAAUUUAUUUAGUUUUCUGGGUAUUCAAUACUCUCCAGUAGUCAGAAUGUUAGUCUUGGAUCUUGGAGAGCUGUUUUCAAAUCCCAAAUCACUGAACAGCCUUAACCAAAUCACUGUGGUUUAGCCUCCUUAAUGAUUCAAAAUGGUACACAGUUCCAACAUUCCAUUGUGGGAACAUUAAUAUCCAUCUUCUGGCUGCUUAUAAAGAUUAAUGGUUUGUAACCACUUCAUACAGUACAGUAAAAAAAAAAAAAUCUUAAUAAUAAGGUCCCCAAGGUGCUGAAUGGGAAGAACUUAUUUUCUUAUUCUUUUGUACUUAUUUCCCAUCUGCUGAUGAAGCAAGAGGCUUUAGAGAAGGAAUGGGGAACUUGGAUCUCUCCAUAUGUUGUUGGACUGUAUCUCCAUCAGCCUCAGCCAACAAGGCCAAUUGUCACAAAUGAAAGGAGUUUGAGUUCAACAUUAUCUAGAGGGGCAUAAGUUAUCCACCCCUGCUAUAGAGGGAUUCAUGGCACCACCACCACCACCACCACCACCACCCCAAUAUGAGAAAAAUCUCAAGCCUGAAUUAUGGUGGGACCCUGGAGUAAAUGGCCUACUUCCCAUAUCAUAACUUAACACAGUGUUGCCAAGCCGUGAGGCAAUUCCGCACCUAAUCAGAAGCAGUGAAGUGCUAAAGUUCUGCUGAGCACAGAAGUGGCUCCAGGGGAAAAAAAAUAACCCAAGGGGAACCCCAUCUCACAUAUUACAAGCAGAAACAAGCCUAUGCUUGUUUAUGAUAUGAGGCAUACAAUCAUCCCAUUUUUCUAAUUCAGACAGGGUGGGCACACUGCUUUUAGGAUCGGCACUUAUGUAUUACACACACACACAUACACAUACACGCAUCGAAGGGACGAUGAAUGGGACCAUGUAUUGUCAAAUCUUGGAUGAGCACCUCCUUCCCGCAACCAGGGCAUUGAAAAUGGGUCGAGGAUGGGUAUUCCAGCAUGACAAUGACCCAAAACACACGGACAAGGCAACAAAGGAGUGGCUCAAGAAAAAGCACACUAAGGUCCUGGAGUGGCCUAGCCAGUCUCCAGACCUUAAUCCCAUUGAAAAUCUGUGGAGGGAGCUGAAGGUUCGAGUAGCUACACAUCAGCCUCGAAAUCUUACUGACUUGAAGAGGAUCUGCAAACAGGAGUGGGACAAAACACCUCCUGAGAUGUGUGCAAACCUGGUGGCCACCUACAAGAAACGUCUGACCUCUGUAAUUGCCAGCAAGGGUUUUGCGACCAAGUACUAAGUCAACUUUUGCAAAGGGAUCAAAUACUUAUUUCACUCAUUAUAAUGCACAUCGAUCUCUGACUUUUGUCUUCUGGGUUUCUGGGGGUUUUCCUGUUGUUAUUCUGUCUCUCACAGCUACAAUAAACCUACCAUUAAAAUUAUGGACUGGUCAUUUCUUUGACAGAGGGCAAACGGGCAAAUUUAGCAGGGGAUCAAAUACUUCCCCCCCUCACUAUAUAUAUAUAUAUAUAUCUCAAACCAAAUUACUUUAAUUUAAUACAAUUUCUUAAAAUCAGGUUUCCUGCUCUACACACGUUUCUUCAUAAUAGAGGAGGACAAAAGAAAAAAAAAGACCAUUACAAAACCAUAAGAAAGCACAAAGCUCCUUGUUCUCCCCUUUUCCUUUCAGGCUGUUGUAAGUAUUCUCAAAUUUCAGAAAGCCAUUCAAAUAGCUUCAGAAAAUGGUUCUUUUGGCAGCUGAUUGAUUACAGCCCAUUAGCAUAUGAUGCUUUGGGAGCGCCUCUUGAUUAAUGUCGAUUAUCCAGAUUGAGGAGGAAGCUUCCACAAAUCAUACCGGUAACAGAGGCUUGUCCAUGGCAGGGGCACACUCCCAUAUCGCUCCCAUUCUGCCUUUCAAGUUGACAGACACAGGAUUGCGCAACACUUAGGGAUGCAGUGAACUCCCCAGACCCCAAUGAGGAGUAUCGAGAGGAUUUACAUCUCAUUUCCUCUCUUUCUCCUGCCUGAACUUCUUUGCAGCCCCCGGAGGGCUACGAAGAACAACCACCAUUGAUCUAGGGUGGGGCCGGAAACCAUCACUUAUGCAUUCUUGCCCCUUCCACACCACUACAUAUGUCUCAUCUGUUGAGUUUACAAAUGGCAACUUAAAUGGGUCACAUAGGCCACAGUGAUGGUUGUAUCAAAUUUCUGAAUAUAGUGGCAUGGUCAUCCACAGAGGGAGAGGGAGCUAUCCCCCCUCCUGAUGAACCAUAAUCCUAACUUUCAUUUUAAAGAAAGAGAUAAUAAGUUUCUAGCAUUUGUAGAAUUAUAGAAUUGUAGAACUGGGAGGAAAGCAAUGACAAACUUAGACAGCAUCUUAAAAAGCAGACAUCACCUUGCCAACAAAGGUCCAUAUAGUUAAAGUUAUGGUUUUCCCAGUAGUGAUGUAUGGAAGUGAGAGCUGGACCAUAAAGAAGGCUGAUUGCCAAAGAAUUGAUGCUUUUGAAUUAUGGUGCUGGAGGAGACUCUUGAGAGUCCCGUGGACUGCAAGAAGAUCAAACUUCUCCAUUCUUAAGGAAAUCAGCCCUGAGUGCUCACUGGAAGGACAGAUCGUGAAGCUGAGGCUCCAAUACUUUGGCCACCUCAUGAGAAGAGAAGACUCCCUGGAAAAGACCCUGAUGUUGGGAAAGAUGGAGGGCACAAGGAGAAGGGGACGACAGAGGACGAGAUGGUUGGACAGUGUUCUCGAAGCUACCAGCAUGAGUUUGACCAAACUGCAGGAAGCAGUAGAAGACAGGAGUGCCUGGCGUGCUCUGGUUCAUGGGGUCACGAAGAGUCGGACACGACUAAACGACUAAACAACAACAAGAGCUGGAAGGGACCACAAGGGUUAUUUAGACCUAACCCCUGCAAUGCAGGAAUCUUUUGUCCAACAUGCAGCUGGAACCCACAACACUGAGAUUAAGAGUCUCAUGCUCAACCAACUGACCUGUCUCGGCAGAACAUGAUACAGUAUACAAGGCAAAAUGUACAGUCUCUGUCUCUGUCUCUCUCUCUCUCUCUCUCUCUCUCUCUCUCUCUGUCUCUCUCUGUCUGUCUCAUAAAAUAGUCUGUUCCAUCGUUUUGGUGUUUUAGCACCCCCACCUCAAAAUAAAACACAACACCUGUGGGUGCCCAACAAUACUGGAACUGGAAUGUGCGACCUCUACAGGACUUUGGGCCGGAAGGCCAGUACUCAGCUUGGCAGAAUGAGUUCCCCCAAAUGCAGUGAGGCUGGCUUAUCUCAUUUUUGUCAUAAAUAAAGUACUGUGCAUUCCUAUCUGAUGAGGGAGCAUUAUUCUAAAAGUACCUAACCUCGCCAUAUGCUCUGGCAUGUGCUUUUGCAAUGGCAGGGCUGCCCAAAGACAUUCUGUGUGAGGCAGAGCAGCAGGUGGCAAACCUCCCACCCGAUUCCAGGCACAUAUUACCCCAGGCCAGCCUAGUUAUAUUGGGACCUGGGGCAAAAAAUCCCACAAGCACCUCUCCCUUUUCCUCAGAUGUAGGAAUGCAUUAAAUAAGUAACCAUUUGCUGUCCUGUCAUUGUCGCUUAAAAUCGCCUGGCUGAGGCAACCUUCUCGCUCUUCAGCCACUACUGUCUUUAUUGACGCGGUACAGCCUGGUGUGGUUUACUUGCACACUGCUUUUUAGCACAAAGGUUCGCAAAGCAGUGAACAAUGUUACUACAUAUUAAUACAAAAUAAGCCCAUGUAUCUAAGUAGACUUCGUAACUUAUAAAGUAGCACUAUAUGCAUUGGCAGCUAAGAAGAUCAGGAGAAAAGAACUAGAUAAAAUAGUGAUCAAUUGCAAAGGUGAUUCAGACAUUUAAGCUGACACACUCCACCUGAGAACCCCUUGCUAUUUUAUUGUAUGCAAAAAAUAAUUUUUAGGAGAAGUGAUCGUGAUUUAUUGUACCUGCAGUGCCUGAUGUUUUUAUGGCUUUUAUGGUUAUUGUUGCCUUUCUUUUUGUUCCCUUUGUGAAUGAUGCCAUGGCCUUUGGCUAGUGCAAUAAAGUUGAUGAUGAUGUAUAUAAGUACGCUACAUAAAAUAUCUCAAUUAAAACAAUAUUAAACAGUGGCAGGAUUUUCAGUGGCCAGUGCCAUGGAAAAAUGUCAGGAGGCCACAGUGGGGCUGAGCUCUGCUCCCUUUGUCACUGUUUCGGUCACUUUGCCCCUCAGGGAAGCCGGAAGGCAAACGGAGGGAUGGCAGAGGCCUCGAGCCAGGCAGUUCGCCUCCACUGACCUCUCACACAUUUCAACAAGCCUUUGAGAGUAAGGGCUUCUGACAAAUGGUGGAGCCAGCCGUGGGCAAUGGACACAGCAUUCUGUCUCCUGCUUCCUUUGAAUUCAGAAAACUGCUUUUCCCCUCUUUCUGAAAUCAUGCCUUAAGCCACACUGAAAUGUGAAACAACAACUUAAGAAUGAGUUUGGGGGAAACCCCAAAGAAAACAGGGGAAAGUGUUAACCAAAUUAAGCAAAUAGAAAUUGAAAUCACACACACCUCUACCCACACCCACACCAAAGUGUACUGAAUGAAAUGUGUGUUGUAAUGCUGGAUACCGUUUGGUCUCAAAUCAUUUGUGUCUGGGGCCAAACUAGGAGUGGGAUGGAGUCACACCAGUUUACCUCACCAGUGAGUGAGCAAGGUCCUGGUGAGCUUCGUGGCCCACGUGAGGAUUCACAGACAAGCAUCCCAGUCUUUCAUCACUAAAUCGCACAGUCCCUUUGAGCUAAAAGCUGCUAUGGGAAAGAUUUCAGUUUGCUCUAUAGGCAGGGGGUUAACCUUCCACAACCUUAAUCCACACAUACUACACGCUGCUGUGAGUUGAGAAGAAGAAAAAAUGCAGAUAUUGUACCUGCCAUUUUCUCUUCCAUAGCUAAUUGCAGCUUUGGAGAGUAGAGACAAGGGAAAAGGUUAAGCAAUCACUCAUCCACCAAACUGUCCCCCUCCAGUGGCUGCUUUUAACUAUAUCUAUGGUCACUUCCAGACAAGCUGUUCACUCAGCUGUCAUUCUAAUUUUUUCAUAGGGUGGGUUAUAUGACAUUGCAGGAAGCAAUUAACACCUCACACUUUCCAAAUCAUUUCCUUAUCACUUUCCUUAUUGCAAAAAAAGGGCUAAUUUGGGGGGAAAGUGGGUUUGCUGCGCAACGCCACCAAAUCUACUUUAAUUGUGCUACCUGAAUUUGCCAGAAAGUAGAAACAGGCUGGGAGGGCCCUAGUUUGAGUAUCAGCAAUCUUGCUGAUGAUGGUAUCGAUCUGAAAUACAGUGGUGCCUCGCAAGAUGAAAUUAAUCUGUUCCGCGAGUCUCUUCGUCUUGCGGUUUUUUUGUCUUGCGAAGCACGGCUAUUAGCGGCUUAGUGGCUAUUAGCGGCUUAGCGGCUAUUAACGGCUUAGCGGCUUAGCGGCUAUUAACGGCUUAGUGGCUUUAAGGAAAAGGAAACAAACUCGCAAGAAAUCGCAAGACGUUUCGUCUUGCAAAGCAAGCCCAUAGGGAAAUUCGUCUUGCGGAACGACUCAAAAAACGGAAAACUCUUUCGUCUAGCGAGUUUUUCAUCUUGUGAGGCAUUCGUCUUGCGGGGCACCACUGUAAAUAAACUUGGCCAGUGAUAUGGCCUCUGUCAAAACCACCACAUUGGGCCAUUUGGACCACCCAACCUAAUGCAGUGCACAACCCACAAAUACUCCUUGUUUUGUGGACUGCCUAGGAUGGCUGAAAUGGGGGGGGGGGGGCUUGUCAAGCACCUGGCACUCAGCAGUCAUUACUAGCAAGCAGCAUUUGCCUUGCUGUGUCGCAAGUUGAGUCAGCCUGCUUUCAAAGACACAGGAACUGAUUUGUGCUGUCCCCUGCAUUUUGAAAAAAGAAAUGCUGGAAACAGUUACAGUGGUACCUCGGGUUAAGAACUUAAUUUGUUCUGGAGGUCUGUUCUUAACCUGAAACUGUUCUUAACCCGAGGUACCACUUUAGCUAAUGGGGCCUCCCGAUGCUGCCGCACUGCCGCCGCUCAAUUUCUGUUCUUAUCCUGAAGCAAAGUUCUUAACCCAAGGUACUAUUUCUGGGUUAGCUGAGUUUGUAACCUGAAGUGUCUGUAACCUGAAGCUUCUGUAACCCGAGGUAACACUGUAUAUGCUAACAGCAAUACUCCAUCUUGGGUUACAUUCCAAGUUCCUUUCGGCCACUCCCUCUCCCUGCUUCUGGGCAAACCCCUAAUAUAUUUCUAAUACUUCCUCUCUGCUGAUCUCUUGCGUCACAUUGUGCACUGAUUCAAUGCGCAUGAGAUUAACAACAUUCUAGAAAUUAUUGUUUGUGGUGAUGACAGCUUUCCUCAUUUGGAGGACAGUGCUGUGUUGACAUUGCAUAGUCUGUGGCCAAUGUUUCAUAGUUUGUGGGCGUGCAGUUUUACAGCUGCAGCCAUAUGCCUAGGUCUGCAUUUUGAUUCUACUUGGAUAUUGCAUGAAUCUUCUUAAAUCUUGUAAUACUGGAGAACAGAAGUAGAUUAAAUCUGGAGCUUGCCAAGCAGGACAGCUCUCUCCACCUUCUGUGGCAAACCUGAAUGCUUCCUAUACUCCAGUGUAUUCCGCAGUCUGUGGAAUAGUGGUGUGUAGGAGGGCCUUCUCUGCGGUGGCCCCCAGGUUCUGGAACUCUCUCUCCCCUCUGAGAUGUAUCUGGCUCUGUCAUUGUAUGUAUUUCGCUGGCAGGUCAAGAUGCAUCUCUUCACCCAGAGUGGCUGGGUAGAUAAGUAUUGCAAAUAUGUUGUUGUUGUCAUUAUGUAUUAAAUUAGAUUUUGUUGUUCCUCCCUCCAGUGUAGUCGUGCUGGUUACAGUUUUAGCUGAAGUUAUAAUUAUUAUGUUAAACUGCAUUAUGGAAUUAUAUGCAUCCUGCCCGAGGACCUCACAAUGAAGCAUGGGCUAUAAAUUGAAUGAAGGGAUAAGUAUUAAUUUACUCUGCAUUUGCCUGCAUCCUACUGCUUCUAGAAGCUGGUAAAGUGUUUGUUCUUUUUAAUACAGAUAGACAGCAAAAUUAUCUACAGUAAGUUAUCAACAGCUCAAAAUUUAACUCAGAAGAUACAGGGUGUGAAAUGGCAAUCUGUUACUGAGUGGUGCCUGAAUAUUUAUGUACAUGAAUUUUGCAUGCUUGGGCACUAGAGCCCAGAUGUAGCCAGUAUCUGCUCUUGAGAUGCAGUUGCUACAGUCUAGGGGAGAGCUGAACUCUGUGUGCAGCUUGGGAGUGCUCCAGGACUUAGAACUGACCCAGUUAUUAGCAGUGGCCGGAAGCACUUCUCAGCUGCUUCAGCUGGUGUGUUGGUUGCUUGUAGAAAUCUGACAUGGCCAUUCAUUCCUCUCUCUCCCCACUCUCGUUACAUCAAGCUUGGAUUAUUGUAACAGUCUACAAGAGGCUGCCUUGAGAAAGCAUUUGGAAGCAGCCAGACUGUUGUCCAGUGUGAGGUGUUCAGUCGUAUCACUUCAGCAAUGUUCAGGCACACCAAGUUGCCUAUUUGGUCCUGGGAUCAAUUUUUAUCCUUUAAAACUUUAACUAGCCUGGGACCCAGGAUCUAGAGUUAUGGUUAGCAGGGAGGUGGCCAUGUUUGUGGAUAACACCAAAUGAUUCAGAGAGCUCUGAAAGGCUUUACGCCAAAUACAAGUGCACGGGCAGGCACACUGGAGAUUCAUGCUGCAGUGCGUGGCCAGGGUUGGCUGUCUUUCUGUCUGCUUCCCUUGGUCCCUUUCAAGGCGAGACAGUCAGGUGACCAAGCCAGCAGAAAGCAGAUGUGGCCGCCAUCAGUAUCCUGACUCAGGAGGAAGGGAAUGGCUUUAGGGGACCUCAGGAAGUACAACCAGGGUUCUAGUGCUACUGCUGCCACCUCUCAGCAUCUGCCACCCGAGGCAGCCAUCUCACUCUAAUUAAUGAUAGGGUUGGCCUUGGAAUAGCAGUAAAUCUCCCAGGGGAAGAAUAAGAUUGCAUCUGUUGUUUCCCUCCCAGCAUGGGAUUCUCCCAGAUCAUGGUCUCUCACCGCAUGGGGUUUCCCCAGUUUUCUUAAGAAAUUCCUCAGUCCAGUCACUGGGAAAUCUCCAAGUCAUUAAGGACCCUUAACAAAUAAUAAUAAUAUAAUAAUAAUAAUAUUUUAAAGUAGUUUAUUGCAAAGUACUUGCAAUAAUUACCUCAUACAUGAUGCAGGGAUUGUCCACAUUGGAACAUUAUUUAAACUGUUAGUCUAUUUUUCCUCUACUCAAAUUAGACCAUAGCAGGCUGAAAAAGAAAUGAAAGCAAUUUUAAAUUCUCACCAGCCCACACUUUUCAGAUUGCUUCUCUCUCUUUCUCUUUCCCUCUCUCCCUCCCUCUCUCCCUCUCUCUCAUUCUCCACACACACUUUUCACAUUGUUGCCCAAUACUUAUAUAUGUAUUUCUAAACAGCUUUGAGACUUUUUGCAAUUGAGCAGUAUAUAAAAUUUAUGGAAUGGAUAGAAUAAAGAUUUUUAAUGUAGUUUGCUUGUGCAGUUUUCUAGUUUUGUGGAGUCAGGGCCAGCCCACCAUGAAACAAGGUGGGGCAACUGCCUCAGGUGGCAGGGGCAGCAGAUCCUAAUGUAUAACUUUAUUCUCCACCUUAUUCCUGAUGUAGAUCUUCACUCACCUCUUCUUCCCUAGCGGGGGUGGAAUGCCAUUUGGGGGUUUGCUUCAGCCACCAAAAUACCUUGGGUCAGCCCUGUUCUAAGUAGACAUGCACAGAUUUAUGCUGCAAGUAAAACGGAAAACAGAUAAUAGCAGUAAUAAAAUGAAACUCAGUGAUUAUGGUUUUACUAUAUUAUAGGUGGACUUGUGGGACAGUUAAAAUAAAACAGCCUGAGGGACAGAUCAAGGGCCAUUGGCAGUCAGGGUGUCUAAAUUAUGUAACUGAAUCAUAGCCGGGGGGGGUGCAUAGAGAGCUUCCAUAUAACAUGGAACGAUGGCACCAUAAUAUAUACAUACAGUGGUACCUCGGGUUAAGUACUUAAUUUGUUCUGGAGGUCCGUUCUUAACAUGAAACUGUUCUUAACCUGAAGCACCACUUUAGCUAAUGGGGCCUCCUGCUACUGCCAUGCCGCCAGAGCACUAUUUCUGUUCUCAUCCUGAAGCAAAGUUCUUAACCCGAGGUAAUAUUUCUGGGUUAGCGGAGUCUGUAACCUGAAGCGUAUGUAACCUGAAGCGUAUGUAACCCGAGGUACCACUGUAUAUAUAAUAUAUUUUUAAAAACUAGAAUUCCUUGCUUACUGAGUGAGUCUGUAUAAAACCAUGGUUCAUAAAUCCUUGUGGAAUGAGUGAAUUCACUAGAAAUGCCAGAUCUGGAACUGAAAAGCCAAACUUGUUUCUGCUGUAGGCUGGGCUUCUGCUUUCUUUUCUUACUCAUUUAAAUGUCACAAGUUCACUGGUCAUAGGGGAUUCCCUGACUGAAAACUAAAACCUAAAACCAUGCUGGAUAAUGACAACAUAUUAUGUCUCCCUGCAAGGUGGCUGAGGCAAAACCUCAAAUGGUUUUGUCCCCACCCCCGCUAGGGAAUAAGGAAGAUCUACAUCAGGAAUUAAGUGGAUCUAGUAAGGUCAUCUUGUAGUAACACAAUAAUUUGCCAUGCUAGGAACGCCAUGACCUUUCUAGUAUUCACUGCAAUGGAGAAAUAAGAGAAGUGCAUGUCAAGAUCAGUAUGGAAUAGUAGUCAGAAUGUUGGACCUUAGACUGAGGAGGCUCGCGUUCAAAUCCCCACUUGGGUGCAAAGAUCACCUUAAGCCAGGUUUUCUCUCUCAGCGUAGCCUACCUCAUAGUAAUAUUGUGAGAAUAAGCGGGGGGCUGUGUACACGCCCCCAAUCUUCAUAGAAAAGUGUGGGAUAAAAAUGUAAUAAAUAAACGUGGAAAUGAUUUAACAAUCUCAAGGGAGGAAUUUCAGGAAAGUAGGUCUCUACGAAAACCAACUAUGUGUGUGGUUGCUCUAUUGGUGAGAACAUCAUCAAUCAGCGAAACAAAUGAGGAGAUGCACAUCUGAUUGUGUGGCAUUUAAUCAUACAGAACAAAUUUAGAGAGGGCUUGUCCCUCAUUCAAGAGGGGUGUGUAAAUAUUUGAGUGUUUAAAAAAUAGAUAUAGAUCGUUAUACAUGGGGCUCCCAUCCAAAUUGCUGUACAUAUAUAAAUAUGAUGUGUCCAAGCAGCAAAUGUAUAUUUGAGAAUGUACAUAUGCAGGUACCAAACCUAUUUUGCCUGUCCAUGCAGCAGAAAAUCAGUUUUCUGUGACAUAAUAUGUAAAGCAGCUGUAGCUAGACCUUGAAUUAGAGUUACUGAGCCCAUUUUUUGUACUGGCAGGAAAAGAGAAUAAUAAUAAUAAUAAUAAUAAAUUUUAUUUAUAUCCCGCUCUCCCCAGCCGAAGCUGGGCUCAGGGCGGCUAACAACAAUCAAAAUAAUCCAGCAUUCUAAAAACAUUCAUUAUAAAAUUAAUUAAAAUCAAAUUGAUGGCAACCAUUAAGCAAGAUUAGUCCCUCUCACUGAGACAGUGAGAGAAAUUAUGCACAGGGUUUUGGUGCUGGUACCUUCGAUUUCAUCAGGAUCACAUGCUGAAUGAUAGAUGCCUCCCACACAGGCCAGUUACAGGGACUAUUUAGUAUAUUGUCUAUUCCAGUUUCCAGCUUCGUUUUCAUUUUUGCUUUGUCGCAACAGCACACCUCCACUGUGAGUUAACUGAACUUGCUGAAUGUUUGCGGGCAGCAUAGUUCCUCUUGUCUACAACUCUUAUGUUCUGUAAGCAUAUUCUACUUGCAGUUUCCUAGGUGUUAUGCAAGACAAAGUUAGGUGUGACAUUAGCAAAAAAAUUCCAGUAACUGUGUGCUUGCUCACGGCUGUCCUGCACAGAAGGUUUUUGUUCUGCUUUUCUGGGCAGAGGGGAAAAAUUAGCCUGCCAACCAGAAAGCUCCUUAGGCAAGUCACAGCAAGUUGUGUCUCUGACAUCCGCACACCCAUGGUCUCUUUCUGGUAUGAUGUCCUCUGUUGGUGUGGUUAGGGUGGUGUGAAACUGCCCCCAUAACAUUUUCUAGGACAGCGUGACACAGUGCCACCACCCUGAAUUGUGAGAAAAGGGGUAGAUAAUAGUAGAAGUUUCACAGGGCUGGGUGGAUUUCAGGCAGAUCACUGAAAUCGGUUACCAAAUGCAAUUUGGUAUUUAGUCAUUAAAUAAUUAGCUAGAUAAAUCGUUAUUAUCUAAAUAAAUAGUUACUUAGUAAUUAAUUAAAUGAGCCAGUGUGGUGUAGUGGUUAAGAGCGGUAGAUUCGUAAUCUGGGGAACCGGGUUCGCUUCCCCGCUCCUCCACAUGCAGCUGCUGGGUGACCUUGGGCCAGUCACACUUCUCUGAAGUCUCUCAGCCCCACUCACCUCACAGAGUGUUUGUUGUGGGGGAGGAAGGGAAAGGAGAAUGUUAGCCGCUUUGAGACUCCUGAAGGGGAGUGAUAAAGCGGGAUAUCAAAUCCAAACUCUUCUUCUUCUUCUUCACAACAUUUAUAUGCUACCCAGCAACAAAAGUUCUCUGCAGUUUUAGAAUAAAAAGUUAAAACCAUAAGUAAGAAGUAAAGCAAAAAACCAAAUGCAGAAUUUAAAACAGAAAUGGACUGGCAACCACACAUGCCUUCUUCUCAGAGGUCCCAAGGCACAACUGGGCACCAAUCACAGCACUAUUGUGCUGCUCCUCUGUAAGAAUUGCAGCCUAUGCUGAUAGGACUGAGCCCUCAAGGUAAAAUCCAGACUAUAAAUGGCAGAAAUUGCCCCUGGAUUUUGGAAAUCCAGUACAGGUGAUAUGCUAGACAAAUUAUUUUGGCACCUGAGACUGAAAAAAUUAUUUUCACACCUGAGGCAAAUUAUUUUGGCACCUUCUUUCUGGCAGCAAAAAACACACAGCAAUGAUAAAUUAAAUAAAGAACAGUUUGCUGAACUUUUAUCACACCCCAAAUUCACAACCUGAGGCAGCCACUUCCCUCUGUCUAAUGGUAGGGAAAGUUCUAUACAAUCUCUAUCUUGACAGAUCCUUUCUACAAACAAUUUUCAGUUGCCAAAUUCUGCUGUAUUUACUCUAAACAUAGCCCAGCUGCAUUUUAGCAAAUGAUGUUCUCUUAGUAACUAUGGUUCUAGUACAUUUUAGUUCCUUAAAGUAUUUUGUUUUCCCCCUUGGCUGGGUUUUAGUGCUGUUUUUAUUGUUCUUCAUCUUAUGCUGCCUCAUGAUGGCUUUAUGAUGAUUUCUGUGCCAUUUUUAUACACUAUUUUUAUGAUUUUGUGGGGGUUUUUUGGGGGGGGGAAUAGUAGUUGUAUUUUAUCAUUUUUAAAUUUGUGAACCACCCAGGGGAUGUGGCUAAUUGGGCACUACAUAAAUUCCAUAAAUAAUUAAAUGCUACCAAGUUAUUCCUGUGGUUUCAACUCAGAAACCUAUAUUGGGCUUUGGUAUAUGAAAACUGUUAUUAACUUAUUUAUUGCCAAUCAUUUCCACCCUGCCUUUCUAUUAUAGUUAUUAAAGAGAUUAAAUUAUAUAAAUCUAGAUCCACUCUCUAAAUAUAUAACCCCAGAUCCCCUGUAAUUUUGUCAAAAGAUUCCGUCCCUUUUAUUCACAGCCUGCACCAAAUUAUUUCAUGAUAUAUGUACAUAGAAUCACAGAACUGUAGAGUUGGAAGAGACCCCAGUGGUCAUUUAGUCCAACCCCUUACAAUACACAAAUCACAACUGAAGAUGGGGGGCGUGGGGACACAGGUACAUUAGCCUGGAUUCAUUUAUUUUAGGGAAGUUUUUUUUUAAAAAAAAUCAACAACAGCAAGAGUCCUGAAAGCAGGGAAAAUGCCUACAAGCAUGCAAACCAAUAGUUCAAGGAGAAAAGGCAAACCAGAAUAGAACAAUGGAAUAGAUGCAUGUGACCAGUUUUGAUGUAUAGAGCUCUGGUUUGCAAUUCACAGAUAUUUCAUGAAUAACAUUCCGUGGAUUCAAACCAGGGUUGGGGAAGCUUUUUCAUUCCCUCUGGAUAACCUUUUGGGAGCCACAUUCUAGUGGUGGGUAAGGCUGGAGGCAAAAGCGAGCAGAACAACAACAAAGUUAACUAUUGACUUUAUACGAUAGGCUGACUUCUCCACACACUCAUACACCUCUCUUUAUCCUUCAUCCAGACACGCAUGAUUCAGACAAUAAAUCCCCUCAUAAUGGUGUUUUCUCCUAAGUAGGACUAAGCUGAAGAGUGUGUGUUUUGAAAAAAUGUUCUCUCACCUCCCCCAUGAAAAUACACCCCUCUCUUGGCAAUUUUUCAGAGAACUAUGCUAAAAGGUGACAAAGUGCUUCCCUCUUUACUCGUUCCAUAUUGUAAUCCCAGUUACUCUUACUUAGAUCUCUUCCAUGCUUUGUGUUGCUCUCUCUCCCCUACCUGCCCCAUUCAGAAUGAGGGCAAAUGUGCUAAAAAGUCAUAGAGUUGGAAGGUACCACAAAGACCAUAUAGCAAUGCAGGAAACUUUUACCCAACGUGGUGCUUGAUCCCUCCACCCUGAGAUUAUGCCCUACCAUGGUCUACCAACUGAGCUACUCCAGCUUCCUCACACUGAAAUGACCCAUUUGGAGGUCAUCACAUAUGAAAGGUGUUAUGUACUGAGUUGAAUAGGAUCCAAACUGCAGCAGUCUGAUUGGUCCUAGAACAAUAGGAUCCAAAAUGCAGCAGUCUGAUUGGUCCCAGAACAAUGCAGCAGUAUGAUUGGUUGGCAGGAACCACCCAAUCAUGCUCCAGAUAUAAGUGAAUCCACAACCUGAUUGGCUUACAGUAGAAUUCCAGAAUUAUCCAAUCAUGUGCAGCCCAUUGUGUAAAUAAUGUAUAUAAAGCAGAUACUUUGAGGGGACAUUCACUCAUUCCUCCUCACCACUAUGAGCUGAAUAAAGAGCAUGAAAUCACUUUGCGACUCUGAGUAUAUUUCAAAAGCUGUGCCAUGUUGUGGCAUCAUCAUGCUCACCAUUUAAUUUCUGGUAUUCUGGGAUCAUGCAAUCGGGGAAAUGGGACAGAAGGAGAAACAGAAAGCAGAAAUAAUGGAGGCUGCAAACAGUCAUUGACAAGUCAAAGAGAGGUAUAUUUGUGGGAGAGUAUGGGGAAAUCUAUUGCACUACUAAUAGGAACUGAUUGUGGAUUUAAUAGUAGGUUGAACUCCUUCAGAAAUCCUUGUUUCAUUAAUGACUGAUGGCCAGUGUGUGUUGCAUAUCUGAAUCUCCCUUCCCUUUUUGCAAAGUAUUGUUUAAAUGCAGAGAUGUGAGGAAGGACUUGAAGAACAAGCAUCUGUUUCACGAGAUCCUGUUUCUUGUUUUCUUCCUCCCCAGACCCUGUCCAGGUAACAGCCAAAAUAGGGGGUGUAGCCACACUCCCUUGCAACUACAAAAUGCAACGGCCCCUGGCAUCUUACAGGAUCUACUGGCAGAAAUACGUAGGCCCUGGUAUAUCUGACCUGGUUGUGAUAGCUUACAGCAACGGUGAAGAAAACACCGUAAAAGACAUACAAUUCCAGAACAGGACAAAGAUGGAUGAGAAGACUCUUACACUUUGGAUCUCCAGUGUGAAUGUGUCCGAUCAAGGCAAAUAUAGGUGUAUCAUAUUACUGGAGGAAGAACACAAAGGUGAUAAAUGGGUACAUUUAUCAGUGUCAGGUAAGUGCUUCUCUAGCAAAACAGGAUUUUAAGUACCCAAGCAAUGCUUAAGGGUCCUAUUCAUUUGUGUUAGACAGGGGCUGUUCAUUUUAAGUCACUUUUCUACCAGCGGAGGCUGGUUUCCUGGGCAAAUAGAGCACUGCUCCACCAACCUAUCUAUCCUCAGCCAGCUCCAACUUCCCUGUUUCUUCACAACCAGCCCAAUGGGUGGCAUUGCCUGCAAGCUUCCUCCUCCUUAGUCUCAGUGUUGCCCAAAUAGAAUUUAGCGGGGGGGGGGGAGAUUGGGGGUGAAAUUAGCUUGCUCUGCCUGUCAUUGACUCUGGCUCCACUUACGGUUGGUCUCCUUCCCAUGAGCCACUGCUACUUUCUACUUAGACAUGCCAUAGACCUUACAGCAGGGACAGGGGGACAUUUUUUAAAAAUAAUAAUAAUAUUUUUUAUUAAAUUUUCCAUUUUAACAGUCCAAUCAAAUCACAUUAAAUAUUCCAAAUUAUAAAAAUACAUAUCAUAUAGUCCAAAUAUUCCACCAAAUUAUAAAUUGUUUUGGGGCUUCCCAUGCUUCAAGUUCGGUGGGGCUCUGAUCAUCUUAUAUCUCUACUGCCUUGAGUUUCCAAUAGUUCCUUUAAUUCUUCCUGUUGUUACCUUUCCUUCGUUCAUGGCCUCUGAGUUGUUUCCACAGGUGAGCUGAAGUAAGCAAUGAUAUGCUUCUGUGUGAAAUUUGUCUGCUUGACUCUCUGCCUAAUUUUUGCUGUAUAUCCUCACAUGCUGGUGUCCUUUGCAGCUGGCAGACGCCAUCUUCUCUCAGUUCCGAAAAAAUCAAAUCAAAUCAAAUCUAGGCAUUUGCUCAUUAAUUUUCCCAGACCGGCUGCAUCAAACAUUAGCCUUUCCAGAGGAGAUUUGCCAAAUCAGACUUGAAGUGCAUAUAUAAUUCACCUCCCCCUAUGACUAUUUAUCUCUGCAGCUCAGACUUUCCAAAGUUUUUUGAAGUCUCUCUACAUGCAGUAAACUUAACCCCUUUUUUCCAUAACCUUUCCAAAUCUUCCAGCAUUAUAUUAUGUCCGAGAGAAAGGAUGCUAUUAACCUGUUAUAAUAAGAACUCUUACCAGUAAUUUAGAAUUCUUAGUAAUAUAGCACCAUUUACAAGCCAUGGCAGGAACUUCCACGAGUGUCUCCUGUUUAAAUGAAUGGGAUUUCCUAAAGAGCACUCGGCUGUUCCAGUGCAAGUCAGAUUAAAUUUGAUGGUUCUGUAGAAAAACAAUCCUUAAGCAUAGUGCCGAUAACAUUGUUUGACAUCUCAAUAUGUACAAGUGUAACUUGUGAUCUCACUGUCUUUUCCUCCCUCUAGCUGACUAUAGGAAGCCUGUCAUACAUGUAUCACAUAAUCCCUGUGGCCCAGCUCAGUUGACACUGAUGUGUUCUUCUCAUGGAGGAUAUCCAGAGGCUACGAUGUCUUGGUUGGUCAAUAAUGAGACAGUGCAGUGUUCCUAUACUUCCAUAAAGGACAACUACACUGAAAGUUUUAAUAUUACUGGCAACUUACAGCAAAACGUGUCUGAAGAUAUCUUGGUCCAAUGUCGAAUACAUUAUGCAGGUUUACAAGUGUCCACUGACCACCUCUUGUGUAAGUUCCCUCAAUCAUACAUUGAGACAGUGUUUCUCAUUUGUGAAAUAUAGCCAUUCAGAAGACUUACAAGGACUAAACCUCAGAAUUUUUCAAAUGAGAUUGGUUCCAUAUAGGGAGAUCUACAAAUAAUGAAUGACCAUUAAUUUGGCGAGUUUUUAUCUCUGGAUCUAAAAUAGCUGUGUGUUGUUAGGAAGACACUGUAUCUUUCCAAACGUCUACUAUUAUUACUUCCUAUAGAAGUUUAGCAUCACAGCUGAAAAUAUUUGGUCAGCUGAUGGGACAUUUCUGCUUUUUCAUGGAUUCCAUCUUGAACAGUACCAGAAACACCAGCAAAAAAUAUAGAUAGCAUUGUAACUAUUUAGCUGAACCAGUGCGAAAUGCAAAACCAAGUCACUGUCUUGGAUUAUUUGUGUGUUCCUGUGUAUGUGCUUGUGUGUGUGUGUGCGCGAGCGCGCAAGCAGGCAGCAAAUAUUCCUGUGCCUCGGCUUGGAAUGUGGUAUCCAUUUGUUUAUCCCUACAAUAUUAUCAAGUAGAUGGAGGGAAAUGUAAGACAUUAAGCAAUGGCCAUGAUUUCCGUAUGUAGGUGGGUUUCAAGUUAACAGGAGAAAGGAAAACCAACUUAAUGUUGGAAGUGCUCCACUCAGAUAAGUGACACUCAGUGCCCCAAAGUAUUGCUUCUCAUGUGCCCCAUGGGCUCUUCAGUGCAGUCACAGAUUUAUCUUCAAUUCUCUCGUUUCAGCAAUAGGGAAGUGCGCCAAUUCAUCUCCACCGCCUCCUCCGCAUGGUUUCAUAGCGGCUUCCAUUGUUAUCCUCGUCCUUGCUCUCGUGAUAGUGCCAACAUUCCUCCGAUGCCGCCGCCGCAGUGAGUUCCAAUGCCUUUGUGACCAACCAAUGUAGGAAACUGUGGUGUGGUUGAGAGCCCUGCUAGGAAUUCAGAGACCCAGGUUCAGAGACCCACUUAGCUGUCAAGACUCCUAAUCAGUUGUCUCUUAGCCUAGCCUAUCUCACAGGCUUGUUACCAGAAUAAUAGGGGUAGAAGAACCAUGCACACCACCAAGAAAGGCAAUAGGUAUCUUUUCAUAAACCCUUAGGUUACUACUGGAAACAAGCCAUUGUUCAUAGUUUACAUGUUCCAGGGCUGUGGCCAAACAUUGCAAGCAGAUCCUUAGGUUCAUUUCAUGCUCAGCUUAAACUGUAGCCAUGUUAGGAAAUGAAUGUUUGCUUUUUAUGGGUUGUAUCCAGCUAAGCUCAAUACAAGCUAGGCCCACUGAAAUUAAUGAGCCCAAGUUCAUCAUGUUCAUUAAUUUCAGUGGGUCUACUUUGAGUAAGGCCAGCAUUGGAUGCAAUCCUAUUUAUUUAACAAUAUUUCUGGUCCUACUAGUGCAAUGGGGCCUUUCCCUGGCGUGCUGCCCACGAAUUCAUAAAAAAUAUAGUAAGAGGUUUACAGGACUAAAAGCAACAAGCUAAAAUCAUACUUAAAAAACAUCAACACACAACUCCUCCCAAACCAGGAAUGUUUCAGCUCAGCAAAAAAAUAACACUGGGGGGGGGGAGGGAGAGAGAGAGAGAGCAGCCAUCAUCCCAAGGCAAACUGAAAUAUAUGUGCAUUGGGAAACAAGUGUGAAUGAGCCCCAAUAUUCAACUGGAGCCAUAGUGCUGGACCAUAUCCUUUUCCAGGUUACGUGGCUGAGUGGUGAGUCUGCAAACAUUUUUCCUGAGAAAAUAUUGCCUCCAGCUUCAAGCUUAGUGCUGCAGCUUCGUAAAAGGGAAUGAAGCCACACUCUGAAAACAUUAUACCCUCUGCUUCUUAAGAACGCUCCAACUUCCCUAGCCUAUAUUCCACAAUGUAAAUAAAUAUGUAAAAGAAUUUCCCCACACCCCUAGCACGCAAUCUUGAAAAUUAAACCUGACCUUCGAAAGAGGGGAGUUGAGGGGUCAGUGAGUUUGUUCUUCAGGGCAACUGCCUGUUAAACAUGCCUCUGGCUGCAAGUUACAUUUGUUGUCUUCAGGUUCCCCUUUUGGUGAAUGAAAGGGCAAUUCUAGUAGCUGGUUCUUCUAAUGUAUGCAGGCAAGAAGGCAGUUCCAGUUUUCAUAAUGUUAGGCCAAUGGAGCUAGUGAUAUACACAAAGUGGUAUUUUCAACUACCACCCCAGAACCAAAUGACCAUGAAACAUUUCAAUUUGCACCAGUUUUAUUUGAAAAAAAUCAGGGAUUGCUUAAAUGUAUUCUUCAACUACAGAUGAAUUCUUCAGAGCAUACAUGGAUGUGAUGCGCUAGUGGGAACCACUGCAAUAGUAUUAUGGAAAGCAACACAUACUGCAGGAUAAUAGAGAUGAAGUUUAAAAUUAUUUUUAUUUAUUUUAUUUACAAGAGAUGCUGUGUCAAAUAGUUCGGCCUGUGGAAGGUAAUGUAUGUGACUGCAGGCUUACAAUCUAAAUACAAACUCAGAAACUACUUUGUAUUUAGACUCCUUUGCAGUCUUAAAAUUAGUUGCAAAGUGGAAUAAGUCCCAAACUUCCAAAGCUUUGGCUAUUACUGAACUCUGCUACUCUGUCUGCUGACAGGCCGUGUUUGCUCGUCUGCACUUUUUUCUAACUUCUGAGAACAAUUCAGAGUGCUAGUUCUGAGCGGUGUAGUGGUUAGAGCAGGGGUCAGCAAACUUUUUCUGCAGGGGGCUGGUCCACUGUCCCUCAGAACUUGUGGGGGGCCAGACUUAUAUUUUGGAGAGAAAAAUCCCCCCCGACUCUCCCCUCCCUUCUCCACAACACCGGAUGAGCCCCAGUGGCCACUUACCUGUGCCUUGAGAGCGGCAGGGGCUGGCGGUGGCAGCAGAGGGACAAUGAGUGACGUGAAAAGGCUGGCUCCAGAGAGGGGCUGCUUAAAAUGGCGCUCAGCCAUCAACAAAGCCCAGCCCCCUUCCUCCUCUAGGCAGGGCUGGGAGAAGCCAGGAGGGAGGAGGGAGGAGGCGCCGCCACGGUGUGUGUGAGGGAGGGGGGGAAAUGGCACAGCCCGAACCAUCAGAAUCCCUACGCUGAUCCAUGCGGUGAUUCCAAAUCUGUGGGCUGGACCAUCUGUGGGCUGGAUCCAGAAGGCAAUUGGGCCACAUCCGGCCCCUGGGCCUUAGUUUGCCAACCCAUGGGUUAGAGUGUUGGAUUAGGAUAGGGGUGGGGAACCUUUGCCUCUGCAGAUGUUGCUGAACUGCAACUCUCCUCAGCCCCAGCAAGCAUGGCCAAUGGCCUGGGAUGGUGGGAUUUGUAGCUUAGCGACAUCUGCAAGGCCAAAAGUAUCCCACCCCUGGAUUAAGACAUGGGAGACUAGAGUUCAAAUCCCCACUCAGCUAUGAAGCUCACUGGGUGACCAUGACCGGUCAUAGCCGAUUAGCCUAUGUUUUGUUCUUCUUUAUUGACUUUUUGUCCCAUACUCCACCCUCAUGACUAAUGGGAAUUCUCCCCACCCCCACUCUUUACCAACGUGACUAAGAAUUUUAAAAAUAUGUCAAAGAUUUUCUGUUCAAUGUUGCUGAACCGAUUGACGUUUCAGAGCCUAUGACAUCUCACCAGCCAGUGGCAACAAGUGAAAUGACAUCGCAGCAGCUUUCCAACGGGACAUCGGAAGCAGCAUGUGCCUGACCAUAGAGGAACCUGGGCAGUGGCGUUUGAUUUUCAACAUUCUGCUCUGGUGAAAUGGACAUAAUCCCCCUGGAUCCCAGAACCUGGAGUGCAUCGCUCUUCACAAUGACACAGGGCAUACCUCUCUCUUUCCAGGUGUGAUAGAAGCAUUGCUCAGAAAAAUGGCGGGAGGGGUAAGGGUUAAAAGCACUACCCACCAUACUGACUGUUCCACCUCAACAGCAUUUUUUUACAAGUAACCCUCCCCCCACCAAAUGAUCAGACAACUACAUACAACGCGUAGUACCAUCUUCUAGACAACUGCCUGAUUUGGAAGGGGAAAUGAACCGUCGUUCUUCAUAAGCAGAAAUUUUACAGUGAAGUUCAUUUCAAACCAAAGAGUGCUUCCCCCACUCCCUCUGGGACAGAUCCAGUGGCUUGGACACCUCCAGUCAUCUUACUGAGUGAAACCACCUCUUCCUUGUGACUUGUGAGCAACUCCACCAGCAAAGCAGCACCCGUUUCAAGUGAAAAAGGGAGCAAGGCUUUGGCAAUGCUCUGUCUCUGAAACAACACCAAGGAAAGCAAACGCUCCUUUUAUGAGGUAUCGGUGUCCCAGCACCCAAAAGUAAUUGGGGGCACCACAUGGGAUGCGUGGUAGACUGGACCACUUGUCCCCAGCUGCGGAGCCCGUUGAUCUUUGCUAAACUAGCUCUCACUCACGUUGUAAUAAAAUCCUCAGUUAGGGGUGUAUUUAGUGUAAGGGUGAGAUGUUCUCGCCAUUAUUUGCCAUCCACGCACAUGCAGUUUGCAACAGAAUGGAAGGUACUAGUAUGGUUCUGCAGCUGGAGAAGCCAUACCCAGGAACAGUAUUAUUGCCUGCUAUGUAGGGUAAAGAGUGUUUUCUCAUUUUGGAAACUCUCCUUCAACUUAAAUUGUGGCUUGCACAUAAUUUAUCACCUCUCAUCCCUAAUUUUAUUUACCAGAAAAUAAGCCUGGCAUGCUUAUAGCUUUAUUAUACUUGUUGCUAUGGACCCUCUAUGUAAAUGUAGGGGUAGCAAGAACUAUUUAUUGGCCAUAUGAGUAUUUUUAAAUAUUCAUUUGCUACUGCUGUAAUAAGAUUUAGCGGUAUGUAUAAGCUUUAAUGGGAUAUAUGCCUAUCUGAGCAUCAGGAUUUCAAUACUAUAAGCACACUUAACUCUUAAGCAGGAUUCUUCCAUGGCAUUCAAUGGAGGAAGAAAAUGCCCAAGAGCCAGGGGUUAACCCAGUUUAUCUUCUAACUCACUCAGUUUGCCACAUAAACAGGCUCUAAACCACCAUUAUUUGGUUUAAACCGAGAGUUAACCCAACCAUUGAAGAAAGCAGACCCAAGUUUCACAAACACUUUACCAGAAACUCUCCCUGCCACAUUAAAGUUUGUCUCUAAGGUGAUUAACAAAGGAAGUGGACAGGUUUUUAGGGUGUCUGCUUAUUUGUAAACCUUUCAUAUCACAAUAGGAACUGUAACAUGUUAUCAGUCCUGUCUGUUUAAAGCAGCUCAGCUUUUCUGCAGGCUUCCCAAACAAUGUAUUUCUCAGCUGUGCAAAAUGUAUCCAAGCAUUGCUUGUCUCCUAUUUUCACUUUAUUCUUGACUGUAAACUAGGUUAAAUCUGUAAUUAUGCCAAGUUAUAUUUUAGCAUUAGCUUUUCAGCAAAUUGUCCUUAUAUACUGUAUAUACGUGUGUGUGUGUGUGUGUGUGUGUGUCCUCAGCCUGAGAUGGUGGCUGUUGUUUUUAAACUAUUUUUAUACAAUUAUACCAAUAAAACAAAGUUAAACAUUUGUCUUUUUUGCACUUCAAAUAUAAAACACACUUGUGCCUGGUUAUUCCAUUUAAUGAAAUGUAUGCUUAUAUAGACUCAGGCUUUUAAUAAAUGAGCCAGUGCAGUAAGUGAACUGGAUUAUUUUGGAUUUUUUUCUUUCACUGCAUUUAACAGGCCUUUUAUUCUCAUUUUCUUAUGGGCAAAAAAGAGUGCCUGAAGAGAGCGAAGACAUGAACAAUAAGUCAUAAAAACUCAACCACAAUUUACACAAACCAAUUAUGGUUUGUGGCUUUCAUCCUACUCCUUUCCUCCCCAGUGAUGUUUGUGGCAAAUGGAUCACUUGUCUCAUUAAAUCUGUGUAUUCUACUAGGUAACGGUUUUAUCGCAAUGGUGGAAGGAAAAGAAAGCCCAAAUAUUUUGUGGUUAUUUCUGGUAAUCCUUACAGAAACUGAGCAGUUCAUGGUCUCAUCAGAGCUUGGACAGGAGAACCUCUGUACACAGCUGAAUUCCAGCACUAAAGAAAGCCAAGAUACAUCGGUUACAGUGACAUAUUAUAGCUACCAUGUACAGUGGUACCUCAUAUUACGUACCGUCCUCCUUACGAAUCCUUCGGGUUACGCACUCUGCUGACCCGGAAGUAGAUGUCCCUUGUUGUGACCUUUGCCCCGGGAUGCAAGCGGAAAUUGUGCUCCGGUGGCGCGGCAGCAGCGAGAGGCGCCAUUAGCGAAAGCUCGCCACAUGUUAUGAGUGGUUUCCGGUUACGAACGGGCCUCUGGAAUGGAUUAAGUUCGCAACCAGAGGUACCACUGUACCCAAAUAGAUGGGGAUAAAAACCCCUUUUCAGAACAAUUGUCAAGCGUUUUCACUACAUCAAAACCAUCUUUUCAAAGACAUUCCACCGUUAUAGGGCAGAAGGCAGCUUGUGAUUUCAAGUAUGCUUAUUGUUACAGAAAUUAUGGGGGGGGGCACAUCUUUAAAGUUGUUAAAUGUUAUAAAUAUAAUGCAUAAAUGUAUCCUUUCAACUUUACAGCUCAGGGAACUUUAACAAUUAUAUAAAAUCAACUCCUUUGCCAGUUUCCUCCAUUUCAACACUAUUUUGCCCUUGGAAAAAUGACUCUUUUCCCUGCCACCUCCCCAAGCAUGAGGACAUGUAUCCACACCUCCUACCCCAGGAAGUGACCAGAGGUGCAACUGCUGAGCUGAUUGUUGGCCAAGGAAAGCCUAAUCCCAUCACCAGACUUGCCAAGGGGUCCAGACAUGCAAAGGAAGUUCUAUUGUACUUUGGGUGGUAGGACUCAGAGGUGUUUGCCUAUGCUAAUCUUAUACCUGGGUCUUGCCCUGACAUGCCUGCUUAUGCUAAUCUUGUACCAAAGACUUGUCUGGACAUGUUUGCCAAGGUUAAACUAGUGUAACCCCUGUCUACCCCUCCCCUUUUGUGACAUGUCAGUGAUGUAGCAAUGAUGUAGCACGAACUGUAUUCUGGAUAUGGUAGGAAAGUUUUCAAAGUCAUUGUCACCCCAUUCCGCUUUGAACCUGUUGCACAAUAAACUUUGGUUUAAAGCUAUUUGCUCUGGUUGGUGGCUGGACUCCUUCCUUUAUUCCACAGGGACCGACAGGCUCUGCCACUCGCACCUAGAUUUUUCUGUAACACUUAUACUGCAGGAAAUGCCACUAUUUUAGGACAAACUUUGGUAUAUUGGACAUGAAUGCGCUUUUAAAAAAUCCUGAAAAUCUGUAGCCAGCUGAGUUGGGGUUGUACGCAAGGAUGCCAACAGGGUUUUUCCAGGACCUGGUACACUGCAUGUGAUGUGAGGCCCCUGCACACACCCCAAAAUCUAUUGGAGAGACCUGCUGCUUAUUAACUUUGCACCAGCCCUGCGAGGUAGGCUAGGCCAAGAUAAAAGAGGGAAGGAGAGGAUAAUGUAUACAACCUUGGGCUCCUGAGUACAAAAGCAAGAUACAUAUUUGUAUCACAGAUCAUGUAAUACAAUGCUUUAACUACUACAUUUCAAGGUCUUCAUACUCACAGCAAAAUGGCAAAACAAAAAAUGUUUGUCAACCCCAAUAAAUAAAAAGCAGAAAAUGUUCUUAAGUAUGUGUAGUUUCACAACUUUGGUGUCUAAACUACCAGCUCUCAGCAUAUCUAACUUCACAGGGCAGUUGUGAAAAUAAAAAUGGGGAAGUGGAAGACAAUGCACACAUCCUUGAGCUCGCGGGGGGGGGGGGAAUCAGUAUACAAAUACUACAACCACCAGCAACAAAUAGUCAAAGCAUGUGCAGCUUCACAAUUCUCAACAAAACACAUACGCACGGAACAUUUUGACAGCCCGAUAAAAAAAUAUAUACUAGUAGUAUCCUGUUAAAGCCCACAGGAAACUUAACUUGCAGUUGUAAGGAGCUUGUAGAUUUUAUUGUUGAAUUUACUAAUUUUGUUUAUGUUUUAUGGUUACUGUAUAUUAAUAAAUAGCAGCCCAGUAAUGGCUGUUGGGGACAUGGAACAUCAGGGGCAGGGAGGCAGGAAACUGCAAUAUCACCAUUAUUUUCUCAUUUAUUCCAAGGGAACUCCUUCCAAGUGAAACAUACCAAAGCUAGUCAAUGCUGUUUUAUAUUGUAAUGGCAGAACAUUUUUUGCUGACGGGUUGUGUGGAAGCCCUACAGCUUGCACACGUGACAUGAGCAUGCACACAUGGCUGCUGCAGAGCUUGGGGGGCAGCGCUUUAUUCAGAAAUAUUGGGGGAGCCCUAGCUCUCCCCCCAGGACCUAUGUCUCCUGGUACGUAGUAAGGUCAAAGAUAAGUUAAGAUUUAUAGUGCUGCAUUCAAAAGAGGAGUGGCACCAAACCCAAGAAUUCAUACAGCAAUGAACAUGAACAUUCAAAAUAAUUAUUAUUUUUCUUUAUUGUUUUAGAUUUACUCCACCGUUCAACCCAUCAACUUACCCUGGAAACCUUCGGAAUACACCCAUGUUAUCCCUUAGAGCAUAUCCCCAAAAAGUGA